AUGUCUCUCGUCAACCUCGCCCACGUGUGCUCGCACUUAAACAACGCCACCAAAGCCCAACUCCGGCUACAUCUCCUCUGUCGUCCGCGGAGGUCCUACUCCUCCCCUGCCCACCCGAUUCUCGGAUACCCUGCCGCCAACGAUGAGGUGGAAGGCAUUGAGCCCGUCACUCUGGAUAAUGUUGCAUCGCGACGCCUCUGGCUGGGUCUAAAGUACUGGCGCAACGAGUCAGUCCUUGGAAAGGUGCAGAUGGUCAGCAAGCCCACACGACGAGUUACGAUCGACGUCGAAGGUCUGAGACGAGUCGUGCGUGGUGAGGAUUCCGGCUAUGUGGGCGGUCUUCGUUCGCCAGGCGAGAGUCUUUUCCUCUCGACAGACCGUGGUAUUCUGGAGGCCCGCGAGUGCGUGGAGAAGAAGCUCGGCGGUCUGGUUUUGUGCCGCGUGCUCUAA